UAAAACACUGUUCUAUUAACAUUUGGAAGUAUGAUAAUUUUUGUUUCAGGUUGUGUGUUUGUUUGCUUCGUCACAAUAGCUCUGAUCAAGUUCUUUUAUGAAGUAUGGUGGAAUCCAACUCGCAUACAGUCUGCAGUAAGGUCACAAGGAAUAAAAGGUCCUUCUUACAGAUUUCUAUAUGGAAAUGCAAAAGAUAUCAUCAGAAUGAGAGAUGAAUCCUUCAACAGUUCCAUGGAAUUAUCGCAUCAAGUGUUCCCUAGACUUCAGCCUCACUAUUAUCUAUGGAGCAAGCUACAUGGGAAGAAUUUUAUCAAUUGGCUUGGUCCUCGGCCUCAAUUGAUAGUCACCGAACCUCAGCUGGUUAAAGAGAUACUGAACAAUAAAGACGAAUUGUAUCCAAAACCGGAGUUCUUCACGUAUAUGACAAAACUGUUUGGGGAUGGACUUGUAACUACAAAAGGUGAAAAAUGGGUUAGGCAGCGAAAACUAGCCAAUCAUGCAUUUCAUGGAGAGAAGUUGAAAGAUAUGAUUCCAGCGAUGAUCACAAGUGUAGAGAUGAUGCUUAGAAGAUGGAGACAGAAUGAACACAAGGAGAUUGAUGUUUGGAAAGAAUUCAAGCUAUUAACAUCUGAAGUAAUUUCCAGGACAGCCUUUGGAAGCAGCUAUUUGGAAGGGCAGCAUAUUUUUGAUAUGCUGAUGGAGCUGGUUCUGCUUCUUUCUAAAAAUGGCUAUGAAGUCAGAAUUCCCAUAAUAAAAAAAUUUAUAAAAACAAAGGAUGAUAUCAAAUCAGAAAAACUUGAACAAGGGGUCAGAGACUCCAUUUUAAAGAUGAUAAAGAAGAGGGAGGAGGAAGCAAGUGAAAUGGACAGCUAUGGAAGUGAUUAUCUUGGAGUACUCAUUAAGGCAAACCAGGAUCCAGAUAAGACCAAGAAAAUAUCCAUAGAUGACUUGGUUGAUGAGUGCAAAACAUUUUAUAUUGCUGGGCAAGAAACAACUCUUUCUUUGCUUACAUGGACUAUUUUUCUUCUAGCAAUUCACACAGAUUGGCAAGAAAAAGCAAGGAAGGAAGUUCUUGAAUUAUUUGGCCCAAGAAGUCCAACAUCAGAUGAAAUCAACAAAUUGAAGAUUAUGAAUAUGAUUCUCAAUGAAACUCUAAGGUUAUAUAGUCCUAUUACUACCCUCAUAAGGGAAGUCCAGAAGGGAAGCAAAUUAGGGAAGCUACUUGCUCCAGCAAGAAUGGAUCUCCUGAUUCCAACACUAGGGGUACACCAUGACCCUGAUAUAUGGGGAGAGGAUGUUCAUCUCUUCAAACCAGAAAGAUUUGCAGAAGGGGUGGCUAAAGCUACAAAGAAUAACAUUGCUGCAUUUGUUCCAUUUGGUUUGGGACCAAGAAGUUGUGUGGGCAUGAACUUUGCCAUGGCAGAAACAAAAAUUGCACUCUCAAUGAUCCUUCGGCGUUACAGGUUUACCUUGUCACCUACGUAUAUUCACUCACCUAUUGUUGUUAUUGGAGUGAGCCCAAAAAAGGGGCUUCAAAUCAUUCUUCAAGCAUUGGAAGAUCAGAAUUGCUGAUUGCCUUGGAGUUGGAGGAUGGGUGCUUUGAUUUGGUGUGCAAUAAUUAUGAUAUAAAGCUGUAAAACAUGUUGAUCAAUUAAUGUAGUGACAUUAGUGUUAUUUGCAACUAAAUAAUAAUGUUGUUCUAAA